GGGGCUUGGAGCCUUCUGAGGAAACUGGGCAGCUCUAACCCACCCACUCGUGAACCACCGGAAGUAUCAGCAGACCAAAUCGCUGCAAAAGUGAUAACACUCUCUAAGGCCCCUAGCAGCAAACAACAAAACGCAAAUAUUAAAAAACAACUGACAAUCUGCCGCCAAAAAGCAAGUGCCCACUCUGAAUACGCCAAGUCAUUCUCUGUGGAAGAAGUCGAUAAAGCACUGGAAAACACCAAAUCUGGUAAAGCUCCUGGAUUCGAUGGAAUUCGCCCCGAAUUCCUCAAAAACUGCGGGAAACAUACAAGAAUGUGGCUGAAACGUAUGCUAUUAAACCGAAUAGGCCCAUUGAUAUUGGAACAUACUCCUGUUGAACAGGCUGGAUUCAGACCGCAUCGUAGCUGUGUGGACCAGGUACUCAGCCUAACAACACACAUUGAAGCAGGAUUCCAAAAACAGCUGAAGACCACUGUGGUGUAUGUUGACUUGACUGCGGCGUAUGACACGGUCUGGAGAGAAGGUCUUCUAUACAAAUUCCUCGUAGUACCAUGCAGUAGAAUAGCAUCUCUAUUAAACAACAUGCUGGAUGAAGGGCGACAGGCCCUUCCAAAUAAUAACAGGAAAAAGAAGGAGUAA